AUGGACGUCCUGCUUUGUCUCUGUGCUCUGCUGGUGCUGGCCUCUGCUCAGGCCCAGGCCCCCAAACGAUGCGAAUCCCCUCCAAUGAUGUCCGGUGGUUUCAGUUUGAUGGAAACCAAUGGACUUUUCAACUCCUACGGGAAAAUCUCUUAUGAUAACUUUGGCCAGAAGGUUUCUCUUCAAUACUCUGCUCCCAGUAAUAACACCAUUACUACUAUCAAGGUUCUCAUGCUUUACAGUCAGAAAGUGUUCUAUGAAAUUAAUUCGAACAGAUUCACUUGCAAAAAAAGACGCCUGGACGAUGCCUUUAUUCCCAUCCAUGUUCCAUCUGAUGCCAAGCAUAUGGGACAAGCUAUUCUGGGCUCGUCUUCAUCCUGGGGCAUGGGGGUCCUGGUCAACACCUGGUAUGGAUCUCUGCCUGAUAAUUGCACUUAUUCAACUGUUUUCACUGAAGUUGGCUGCAUUCCUAUGACUUACUCUGCCUACACCCCCAAGUCUGGUUUCAGCAUUCUCAGCACCUUCAACUGGGUGAUUGGAAACGUUGACCCCAUGGACUACAUGCCCCCGUUUUUCUGUCCUAAAAGCUUUUCGGACGAGACAGAGGCACCAAGCAAUUUUUUUUAG